AUGGUGGCAAACGAGCAGCCGUAUUACCUGAUGUUAUGGCUGACGUUUGGCGCAUCGCUGUCGUUCCUGAUCAUAGGACUAGUGAGGGGUUACUCCGCUUCCGCAAUACCGUCCAUUGAAGCCAAUGAUCCAGAAAUAAUACAGAGCAGUGAACAGAAAUCAUGGAUGGGUGCUAUUCCUCCCCUUGGUGCGUUCCUGGGCAGUAUGAUAUCAGGAACUCUGAUGCAGCACCUGGGUCGCAAGCGCACAUUACAGCUGACGUCACCAAUCUGGGUGGCUGCCUGGCUGAUCCUGGGUUUUGCCAAGUACUACCCACUGCUAUUAGUGGGUAGAAUUAUCACAGGAGUCGGUGUAGGCUUUGUCUUGGCUACAGCACAAGUUUACGUAAGUGAGUGCUGCGAUCCCGAGAUCCGUGGCCGACUAGGCUCCCUGCCUACCCUCUCUAUGUCCCUUGGGAUCCUGAUCUCAUACGUCGCUGGCAGCUGGCUUUACUGGAGGUACCUCGCGUUCCUCUCGGCUGUAUUUUGCGUGGCACUGUUCGUGGUUCUACUGCCUCUUCCGGAGUCUCCAGUGUGGCUCCAAUCAAAGGGUUUAGAUGCAUCUGCUUCAAUUAAAUGGCUACACUUAUCUGCACGCGCGACUGCUACGGUCAAGGAGGAUAAUCAAGAGAAAGCUGAGGAUCCAGCGGGUCCUCCAAGCUUGUUCAGCCGCAAGGUGUUCUUCUCUGCCGUAGUGAUGAAGCCCAUGAUCAUUGGGUUUGCCUUGCUCUUGUUCCAGCAGUUCAGUGGCAUUGAUGCUGUUAUUUUCUUCACCGUAGAAAUCUUUAGGAAUGCAGGCAGCACAUUAGACGCAAUGACGGCUACCAUCAUUGUCGGAGUGGUACAACUCCUCAGCAACGGAGUCAGUACAAUGUUGGUAGACCGUGCCGGCCGAAGACCAUUGCUGCUAAUAUCUGCAGCCAUCAUGUGCGCUUCCAUGGCAUCUAUGGGAGCUGCUUUCUAUUUUCAAUUGAAGGAGGCCGCGUGGCUUGGGUAUCUUCCCAUAGUGAGCCUGGUAGUGUUUAUGUUGGGUUUCUCCCUUGGGUUCGGUGGCCUGCCAUUCCUGCUAUUGGGGGAGCUGUUCCCAGCCCAGUACCGCUCCCAACUCUCAGCGAUGGCCAGUGCAGUGAACUUAAUGUCAAUGUUCUCAGUCAUCAAAUCGUAUCAUGUGCUUGAUGCGGUACUAACAUCAGCUGGUACAUUCUGGUUGUACUCCUGUUUCUGUGCUGUCGCCUUCUUCUUCGUGCUUUUCAUGGUCCCUGAGACCAAAGGCAAAUCCCUCGCGGAGAUUGAACAGCAUUUCCGAGGCGAGAAAAAAGGGAAAACGGAAAAUCUUUGCUGUGCCUAUUAAUUUUGUCUAACCAACCAGUAUUCCCAAGCCAAUAUGUUUAAAAAACUCAUUACACAUUUUAUUAUUUUCUUAUUCAUUCUUACACACAUAAAUUAUGUUUGUAUUUGAGUUACACCAUUUAGUUACCAUUUCUAUAAUUAAUAUAAUAUGGAUUGGCACAACUGGGAUAAUGUCAUUUUUUUAAAUUUCCGUCAUUUAUAUUAGGAAAUUAG